AUGUCUGGCCCCUUGGGGUCUCAAGGACAGAAUCGGUCUACGCUGGAGCUGGACCGCAUCAUUAGCAGGCUCAACGAUGACUUUGCACUGCAGCUUUGCAAGCCGGAUGUAACACUCUCUCCUCGCAAAUAUCGCGAACGGCAGCGGAGUGAUGAGGAAGCCCGGAUCGACGACAUUUACCAGAAAAUCCAACAGUUGCAUUAUCGAGGAGACAACCGUCCUACCCGGUAUCUCUCUACCAGUCUUCGAGCUCUGCUCCAGGAGCGGCUCUUGAGAAUUCUUCGUGAUAUCAACGGCCUGGAAUCAAAACAAUUAAGCAAGAGAAUGUCCGAAGUGACUGCAAAUCACUCUCAGAAGCGGCCCAAAGGCCAGCCGCCUCACAGGUAUGAACACCAUGAUGCAGUGGAUGCUCUCCCUGUCCGCUCAAGCGGUUCAUUUGCGGACAGUGGUGUCUCAUUAGCCUCUGGAAGUCAUCGAUCUAUCGGAGAAGUUAUUCAACCACUUGCUCAGGAGCCAUCUUUUGAUCAGACUUUUGGUUCAAGCAGAGCUUCUUUCCCGUCUGAAGUCUUUUCCUCAAAGAAUACGCAAGACGUAUCCUUCAUUAGCCAGACGACUGUCGACUCUGGAUAUCAUGACAAGUCAAAUCGCUAUCCAUACUCACAACAAACAUCAGCCGAAUCUUUCUCACAUUCAUUUGGAUUGAGCCAAAGCCGAAACGACGUGCAGCAAAAUUGGAAUUCUCUCCCUAGUAGACCAAACAAACCCACCAACCAGCUGGAGUACCUGGAUGAUUCGCGAUUUAAAAGCCCUUUGCUUUUGUUAGACCGCUCUUCCCAAGAUAGCGUCGGCUCUGUGAGCCAGACGAUUGAUGAAAAACUUGCUAAUAUUUGGCCUAAAUUACCAAUCCCAGCGUUAACACAUGCACCUUUGGCUGUGAUUUGGGAGAUUACAAGAGCCGCUCUUCACUGCAAGGUUUCACUGGACCAAUUCGACCUAUUGUAUGAGCCGAAUGAUAGCUGGCAUGAUCAAAGCAGCUUGAGAGAUACAAUCUCAAACCAUCACUUGUUCCAUGGCAAGAGCUUGCCUCCGUCCAGCGAUCCGGUGGCAUGGCACACAGCACUGGGCGACUUUCAGACCAAAUUUAAGACCGUUACACUCUCGGCAGACUUGGUUUACAACCAAGAUUCGACCGGGCCAUUGUACAGUCUUCAAUUACAUCCGUUGAAACUCGAGCUGGGUCACCGACUGGCGCGCCGAUUCGGUGCCGAUCGCUUCUUGGAAAUUACCAUUCCAUCGCCGUCGGGUUCGGGUUCGGCGGAUGAAGAGCCUGAUGUCCUCAAAAAGGAUCCAAAGAGCCUUGAAAAGAUUGUAGAUUGGCUUACAAAGCCGGAGCAUUACUUUCUUGGGCGGACUUGGAGGCCAUUCUUCGUGCGCAAUGUCAAGGGCAAGAAGAUUUCUGGGACAAACAGAAACACAGCGGUAGACAGAGUCUAUUUCUUUGCUUGUGAUGCUAAUAAUUUCCGCCCUAGUGCAGCUGGUGGCAUCUCGCCGCUGGCAGAAGCGUUGGAGACAAAGGCCCGCACGAAAAUGAAGCUCAGUGGUCUGCUAAAAUGGGCCAUUGGUAUUGACAACGAACGCAACUCGGAACAACCAGUUACCAAACUGUUUUCUCGCCUGGCACUGAGUCUCAGCCGAACGUGGCCAACUGUUAUUCUCGAGAAGCAUCAGAUCAUCAACAAGCCCGAAGAUCUAACGUGUGGUGGCAUGGUAAUGAAUGAUGGAAUCGGCCGCAUAUCGCCAAGUUUGGCCAGGAAGGUUUCCGUGGCUCUUGGGUUGUCUGACUGCCCAAGUUGUUUUCAAGGUAGACUGGGGAGUGCAAAGGGCAUGUGGUUGAUUGAUGUGGAUAGCGAGGAAGACUCCGAGAGAGACUGGGUUGAAACUUACCCAUCACAAAGGAAAUGGAAAUGCGAUUUUGAGGAUCCUCAUCACCGAACUCUCGAGAUACGAAACUGGCCAUCUGAAUUGAGAUCAGCAUCUCUGAAUCAGCAAUUUAUCCCGGUACUAGAGGCGCGAUCACCACAACCCGACGCAAUGCGACGCGCAGUUUCCGAGCACCUACAGAGAGCCCUGCACGCUGACCUUGGUGAGCAAGCUGCCGCCAUGAAAGAACCCAUGAGUCUCCGAUUAUGGAUUCACCAAUCUGGUCCUUCAAAGAAUGAUCGGUCGCUGGAUGGGUCCGCAGGAUUUCUGGCUGGUCUCCCCAAUGACAACGCGGAUAGAGUCGCAUUUUUGCUCGACUCUGGAUUCGAUCAGAGGAGAAUGAAGUAUCUCAGGGAACUUGUCUGGGAGAUGUCCUAUAUUUACAUGGCUGCGGACUUUUCAUCAACGCUUGAAGAAGGAGAGGUGCAUCUCUCCUUUUCCACGAAGUUUCAGGCCGAGGGAUUCUCCGACACGCUACUUGAGAACAUGGAUAUUCUAGUAGCAAGAGCCCCAGCCCAUCUCCCUAGCGACAUCCAGAGAGUCAGGGUAGUAUCUCGACCAGAGCUUCGAAAGCUAAAGGACGUCAUUAUUUUUUCGACUAAAGGAACUAUACCCCUUGCCGAUAAGCUAUCAGGCGGCGACUAUGACGGCGACAUGGCAUGGGUAUGUUGGGAUCAGAAUAUUGUUAGAAAUUUCGACAGUGCUCCCUUGCCUCAGAAAUUGGAUUUCAUCAAGAGCGGAUAUCUUCGCAAGGUGACUACGCAAUUCAAGGACAUUUUGGAUCAGGAUGCCUGUGUAGAGUUCGUAUCGAGAGCAUUUUUGUUCAAUCUACAGCCCUCAUUUCUCGGUCGAUGUACGAAGUAUAAAGAGAGGCUCUGCUAUUUUCAAAAUUCUGUUCAAGAUCGAGAUGCCAUACAUUUAAGCCAGUUGCUUGGCUACUUGGUUGAUCAGAGCAAGCAAGGUAUUGAGUUUACUGAGGAAGAUUGGAAGCAGUAUGCGAAAGAAAAGGGAUCCCGAAGGCCUGAUGCUAAGGGCCGAUUACACAUACUCGAUUACUUGAGAUUUGAUGUCGCUGAUACGGUUAUUGACGAAGUCUUGACCAGCUUCAACAAGACCGUCAAAGCGAAUAACGCCAUACCUUAUGAUGAAGACCUUACAAAGCUCUGCAAUAUAUAUGAGGAGAGGUCAAAAACUUCUGCUGGCUGCAGCCAGCUUCUGAAAUAUUUGCGAGGCAAGAUUAAUGUGCUUCACGACGAGUGGCGUGUCAUCAAGUCUCGAAAUGGCACCGACGACUCCAAGUUUGCCACCAAGGCAGAUUCCAUGUACCAGAGGUGGAUUGAUAUACAGCUACCGGCAGAAUUGCUCGCGAGCGGCGAAUUUCCGGAGCUGGUUCAUGAUUUUAACAAGAAUUCGGCCAUGAGCAACUGGGAACUCCUCAAAGCCUCGACCGCAUUCAAGAACCAUUACAACAAUGGUUACAAAUUCGUCUGGUACAUGGCGGGCAAACAACUAGGUUUCAUCAAAGCGAUGGCGCAUCGUGCCCCAGGAGAGACAUCAAAGGUCAUGGUGAUACCGGAGAUGUGGGGUAUCUUGCGACCGGACAAGAAGCUCAUCACGUCUCUGUCGCUACAGAGAGAGGCUGCUCGAGAUUCGGAGAGCGCGGUGGCACUUGAAGAGGUGUUUGACUUUGACGACAACGGCACUGUUAUUGACGAUGCUUGA